CUGAAAGUGUCCACAGUAAGCGAUGAUGCCCUACUUUUCGUGACGAAAUCUUUGCUGAUAUUUCAAAGUCGAACGCCUGAGCUUCGAAUAUUGGACGUAUCUGUUUCGGUUUUUCUCCACGCUCAACGAGCAAACAGUAUCUCUAGUGCUGGACAUCUACUCGACGGCGUCUGGUGUCUUCCAAAUACAACCUCGCCAGGUGUUGGAGAACAGGGAUAUCAUGGAUACAAUAAUGGAGAACUUGGAUGCGCGGUCCUUGGCAUCUUUGAAUGAAGCGCUUCAACCUACCCCGUCUAAGUGGAUUUCCAGCUAUGACGGAUUCCGGAUUACACUUCAGCGGGUCAUUCGGGUUCUCACUCGGUUCUUUCCAGAUCCUCAUGCGUUUGCCGACUGCAUGUGCGAAACUGGAGCCAUUAUCGGCGGCUCAACAGCCCUUUGUAUUUUCAAUGGAGAACCAUGGUUACCGGGUGACCUUGACGUUGUGGUCUCCCCGACUUUUGCUCCCCGGCUGAUGGAAUUCGUCGGAUCGAACGGCUAUGUUCAGGAAGAUAAAAAAGUGGAUCCUUACGAUCCACCAAAUGGUGUCUUCACAUCUAGGCCCUUCAGCUGGUUCUGCUACCGAAAAGGGGACCGGAAAAUCGACAUCAGCACUACGAGGAAAGGGACUCCGGCUGAUUUCAUUGGGACAUAUCAUCAUUCGUAUGUCAUGAACUUCAUAUGCCACGAUGGAUUAUAUUCCUUUUUUCCGGAAGACACCUCCGCGCGAAGGGGUCGAGUGAACAGUUAUGAGAAGGAGCACAAGGCGGCAGCUGCUCGAGAGAAAUAUCGUGAAAGAGGUUACGAAGUGAUCGACGAUUUACCAAUUCAAACAUUCACUGGAGAUUAUGGCCACAUUCUGAUACACGAAAUCAAGAACUUUUGGCUCCAGAAGCUUCCUCUCACAACGUCUGAUUAUAGGAAGUUCUGCCAGGAACGCAGUGCCAGGGACAAGGCGUUCCAGAAGCAGGUACGCUCUUCUUCGUGUCUCUACUCCAUCCCUUGGAUAUCACUAAUCGUGAGUCAGCGCACGUAAAAUGUGAAAGGUGUAGAUGAUCCAAUAUUCGAUCGGUAACAUAGUUCAAAAUUUCAUCAUCAUCCACUAUCUUGCAGGGGAUUUCUCCUACAUCAAUAUUUACUGCUUAACUUUUUUGUGCUCGUAUUUCACAUUUGGUGCAUUACACUAUCUCCCUUGACCUCCACUGCUAGAAAGUGUAGUACUUUUAUUGUGGUUUUGGCAUCCAACUUCUCACAU